AUGUCUUGCCACAACGCUCUGCUGACUACUGGAUUUGAUUACCAAAUUACAAGUCCAUGUUUAUAUCGCAAUACUAAAGGCUUAUUUGAAAAUUUGAUCUUCAAAAAUGCACUGACGGUGGAAGCUGCUUAUUGGCUGGUUGAUAAUAUUAAUAAAUAUUCCGAACAUAAUGUGACAUUUGAAAUUGAUAUCCGGGAUAUUUGCGGAAAUCUCUCUGCGGUGCCAGCGAUGAUGGAUUUGUUAAACAAGUAUAAGAAUAGCUCGAAAACAUUCAUUGGAACCAUAAUGGAAACGACGAGUAAGAAAACAAUAGAUGUGACGGAUUUCAGUAAUUCAUUACCAUUAAAAUACCAAACCAUUCAGGUCGGGUUACAAGUGACAGCAACUGAAUUAAAUAAUCGGAUGAAAUACAAAAGUUUCUUCCGUGUUUUCCCGGAUGACAGACAGCAAAUGAAGAUGUUCUGUGAUGUCUUAGUCGAAUUGAAAUGGAAUUAUAUUGCGCUUUUAUAUGAAGACGAUAUUUAUGGCCAACAAGCAGCUGAAAUUUUUAUUAAAUUCGCAAAAGAAGUAAAUAUUCACAUUGGGACUAAGCUUCAGAUUAAUAUAAACAAUCUAGAUAUCCUAAAGUAUGAUUUGAAGAAAAUAUCCGGGUCAGUGGUUAUAGCGCAACAUGCUACAGUGAAGAAAUUUUUCGAAAUUGAUCGUUUCGGGAGAAAAAUGUCAUUUCUAAUGUCCGAGGCCAUUAGUAUAUACGACGGUUUAUUUGGAAUCUAUAUAAAUGGAGCAGUACUUGUUGUGCAAAUAGCUUCUUUUGAAAGCCCGAAAUUCGAACAUUACUGGAGCGAACUUUUUAAGAAGGCACCUCGAAACACAACGGCAAAUUCAUAUUUUGCUAAGAUGAUCGAAGAAGUUUCCCAAUGUAAAUUUAUCCAUGCUAACCAUUCCUGUGAUAUGGACAAGGCGCGGAAAUUUGUUGAUUCGAAGACGUCACUGUCUGUUACAUCGGAGUUCAUGGCUGUAGGCAUAUACACGUUAACGAGCGUUUUCGGAAAGAUACUGGAAAAUCCCUGCCCAUUAAUUGAUUGUCCAGGGAUUUUUGAACGAGGCGUCAAGGCUUUUCAUCAGCCGAUUAACAUUUCGUUUCUAAAAGACAAAUUGGAAUAUAAAAGAUUGAACUUUAUAGCUCCAUUCGAUGCGAAUGGAACAUUUGAAUAUCCUCCGAACUGGGUUUUGUAUAAACUUCUUUACAGAAAAAAAUACAAACAUUCCAGUAAAUUUAAAUUCGUUAGCGUUGGAAAUUACACACUCAGUGGAUUAAACCUUAAUACAUUUACUCUCCAUGGAUACGAUAUGAACAACAAAGAGUUUCCGUUGAAAAAGACCGAUGGCUUCUUCCAAGUUUUCGAUAACAACCAAGAUGGCACGUUAAAUUAUAAUAUUUAUAAUACUCGUGUGGAUGGCACUUACAUCAAGGUAGGUCAGUGGUCAAAGAGUAAGCGCAUCACGUUCAAUGACCGUUUACAAAAGCCUUCAUUCACAACGAAAUGUCCGAACAAAAAACACUGUUCAGAAUGCAUUUAUCGGCAUUCAGACGUAUUCAUAAACAAGGAAAAUGAAAAGGAAAAAAACUACAUAGCAGUUCUUGUAAUAUUCAUUUUGCUUUUACUUUGGCUGAUUACCAUUAUUUUUGUUAUUAUCUUCAGCUACGUGCGGCGGCAAGUGAAUAGACCAAGUCUACCUAAACCUCGUGAAGUUCCAAAACGAGAGGGCGCUGACGGCGGAGAAGAAAGUCUACGUUCGAAUGAUUAUGCAGUUAUGUACCCUCGUAGUGAAAUAACGGUGCCAAAAUCAGUAGACACAGAAAAUGAACCGAAUCAAGAUUUAAAUUCAGAAGUUACUUCGGUUCUGUGA